GUGCGUCACGCACCCGUGACUUGCUCUGGUAUGAAGGGAGGAGACAUGCGGUUGUCUUUGAACGUGGUUCACCCCGGUCUGUCAGUGCGUCUGUGCCAGUCUACCGGCUCUUUAAAUUACCCCCCUUUCACCAGCAGCGAUCAGCUACCUAAACCAUGAAGAUCUGGACCUCAGAGCACAUAUUCAACCACCCUUGGGAGAUGGUGAUUAAAGCUGCUAUGCAGAAGUACCCAAACCCCAUGAACCCCAGUGUGGUUGGGGUGGAUGUUCUGGACAGAAAAAUUGACACACAAGGAUGCCUCCACAGUAAAAGACUGCUCAGCACAGAGUGGGGGCUUCCAUCUAUAGUGAAAUCUCUCGUUGGUAACGCACGAACAUACACUUAUGUUCAGGAACAAUCAGUUAUUGAUCCCAAAGAGCAGACUUUUGAACUUCAGUCUUCAAAUAUCACAUUCACAAACAUGGUAUCUGUGGAUGAAAAAUUAACAUAUAAACCACACCCUGAAGAUCCAGAAAAAACAAUAUUGACCCAGGAGGCUAUCAUCUCUGUGAAAGGGGUCAGUCUCAGCAGCUACCUGGAGGGAGUUAUGGCCAGCACCAUCUCUACUAAUGCUGGAAAGGGCCGUGAGGCCGUGGAGUGGGUUAUCAGGCGACUGAAUACAGAAAUCGAGGAGCUGGCAGCCACAGCACGUGGGACCAUACGCACCCCGAUGGCUGCUGCAGUCACAGAGAAAUGACACCCAACUCUGGUGUUCAGCUAAGUUUCAGAUUGGACUGCACAGCAGAACAGCCAGCCUCCUUCUAUGAUACUCUGGUCCUGUUUGGUGCUUUGGGGAUUUUUGUAUUAUUUAAGGGUACAAUUUGGCAUGUUGUGUACUUUUACCAGUUAUAUUCUAAGCCGGAGACUGCUGCCUAAAGGAGGUCUGAGUGGUUUCUAGUGAUGCGGCCUGGCGGGACUGCUUUGAUAGGGCGCUGAAAAGUUGGUGGCUCACUCAGGGACAUUUAAACACUACUGCCAUUUGUGUCUUUGAAAAAAGGUGCAAUGUGGAAGGACUGGAAACACAAGAAAUGUGCCAAUGCAGACGCUGCUGUUUGUCUUUACAAAUGCCUUCUCCAGGUGUGUAUUCAUCUGGCAGAAAUGUGUCAGAAUCCCAGCAUAUCGUCUCUGGUCCGAGCUUCACGUUUACAGCAGAAAAACAGGUCAUGGUGAGACGUAUAGGAGUGACUGUAACAAAUGCGUACACUGAGAAAUGAUGGCUGAUAUUAGCCAUGGAGGCGGCAUGUCAAGCGCACUGAAUGUCACAAAUGCAUGCAAGCAGGUCAGAUUAAACGGUUUGGGUUAUCCACAGUGACCACAGUAAGGUUUAUUUGUGUAAGAGAGCCACCUCAACAGUGUUUUCGUAUGGGACCUCAGUUACAACAACAGACUGUACUAGGUACGAAUGCAAGCCUGAUACUAAACUGUACUGAUGUAAUGUAAUAACUUAUGUCAUUGAGGUAUUUAAGUGAAAUGAAGGGAUCAAAGUACUUGCCAUAUUUAUACUUUUAAAAAGGUAUAGUAGACCUUCUCAAAUGCUGCUUUAAUGUAACAUAAACAUGAAUCUGUUUACUGUGUAGAAACAAGGGUCAGACUUCUUUUUACAUACUAAACAUGAGGUCGUUUCAACUGAAGUAGUUUUAUCAGCACGUGCAUAAUCCUGUAAGCAUGAUCACUGAAUGCCGGGGCCGAAAGCUUCACAAUUAUUACCAGUAAAAGCUGCUACAUGUGCUAAGCAAGCUUUUUGAUAAAACUGUUUCAGUGGAUACUCUGUGUUUGAGAUAGUCUCAUAGUGGGAAUCUGUGUGGCGAUGGUAAACGCACAACUUUCUGUCUAUAACAUAUUUAUAAAUAUUUUUUAUCUAUGUCAGGGAUAUUUAUUUUUGGAAAAAGAACAAUUUGGAAGAGCAAACUAUGAGUUUGGUUGAUUUUUAAAGGAAAACAACAUGUUCACGUAAUAAUUUUUGUUUUCUGAAUGGGUUAUUGUGUAAAAGAUUCUCACCAAAUGCAGAAUGUGUGAAUAAAAUAUUUGAACCCUUUUUAUUUAA